UGAUAAUUGUAAUUUAGUAAACAUACAGCGAGCCAGACUCUCCUCGUGUCUGCUGCAGCGUGAAUUUUUGUUCAGUUUUGUGAGGGUUGAGGCGAGGUCAGUCUAUUUGAAAAUAUCUGCAAGUGACUCAAAAUUUUAAGUAGCUUUCUCGAGUAACAGGUUGAAUUCAAACUUUUUUUUUCUACCAGUGCUGGCUUUCUUCUGUGCUAAAUCUUGAUAGAUAUAAUAUAAACCUCAAAAGUCUCCUCUAAAUUAAUCUUUUUAUUUAGGAUAUCCUGAUUAUUUCUAUCGCACUUAAAGCCAGAGAAAGCGGACGCCCUUUUCUGAGCAGAAUAAAGAUGUGGGCGUCAGUUGCAUUUGUUUCGAGCGCAUUGAAGAAGUGUGACUUUUGAAGCGCUGUCGGCAGGAUCAGACCUCCAGGAAUCCGGCGGCUGCUGUGCGUCUGUGUGUGGCGGCGUUGUUGUUUUCCAGCACCACGGACAGCUCCUGGCGCGCGGCUCAGCUGCACGCGGUUCAAACUUGAGGCAGCAGCACUCGCCUUUUUUUCAUUCAUGCAGCUCUACUGUAGUCCUUUGUCACAGUUGUUUUGGGUCUAAAAUAGCAACACUGCUGCGAAGGAUAUGCGUUCGUUUCUCUAAGCCUGUUCACUGCACACUGGCGCGAAGAACUGAGCAGGCUGUAAUCUACAGACACUGAAGAAGAGAAGACUGAAGAGGAUGCAACGAUGCUGUAAAUGGCCUCUGUCAGAAUAACAACACUUGUGCUUUGAGAUCUGCUGGUGCUGCUGCACCUUACAGGUCUUUUUCUUCUUCUUCUUCUUCUUUUUUUGUUGUUGUUGUUGCCGCCGUCAUCAAAAGCUGAUCAGAAUCCACGGGCAGGACGGUGUCCUUGUUUUGCACAGGGAUAUGUCACUGGGGAAAUCCCCUGUGUUGGGGGUGCGCCCUGUGCCCCGACCCUUCUGGCUGUCCCACCUCUGCCUGCUGUGCGUGUGCUUGUCUCUUUUUGCCCAGGCUCCCCAGGGUUUACCCGUGGUGGGUUAUAACACUGACUCCAAGAAGGAGAUCACCCUGGAUGGUGAUUUGAUGAUUGGUGGCCUGUUUCCUGUACACCAGAAGGGUGAGGGGGCAGAGGACUGUGGCAAGAUCAAUGCACAAAGAGGGAUCCAGAGACUGGAGGCCAUGCUACUGGCUUUAGAUGAAAUUAACAAGGAUGAGCGCAUUCUUCCUGGAAUCAGACUGGGUGCCCAUAUACUGGACACCUGCUCUAAGGACACCUACGCUCUGGAGCAGUCUCUAGAAUUUGUCAGAGCCUCCCUCACCAAAGUGGAUGACAGCGAGUACACGUGCCCUGAUGGCUCCUACGCCAUUCCUGAUGAAGUCCCUCUGGCUAUCUCAGGGGUGAUAGGAGGCUCUUACAGUGAUGUUUCCAUUCAGGUGGCAAACCUGCUACGACUUUUCCAGAUCCCUCAGAUCAGCUACGCUUCCACCAGUGCCAAGCUAAGUGACAAGACCCGUUAUGACUAUUUUGCCCGGACCGUGCCCCCUGACUUCUACCAGGCUAAGGCUAUGGCAGAGAUUCUGCGUUACUUCAACUGGACAUAUGUAUCGACAGUGGCUUCAGAAGGUGACUAUGGUGAGACUGGCAUUGAUGCCUUCCAGCAGGAGGCUCGUGCCCGCCAGAUUUGCAUUGCCACCUCAGCCAAGGUGAGCCGUUCUAUGAGCCGCUGGAGCUACGAGAAUGUAAUCCGUUCCCUUCAGCAGAAGUCCAAUGCCAAAGUGGUCAUCCUAUUCACACGUAGUGAGGACGCCCGUGAGCUGCUGGUGGCAGCCAACCGCAUGAACGUUACCUUCACCUGGGUGGCCAGUGAUGGCUGGGGAGCACAGGAGAGUGUUGUGAGGGGAAGUGAGGCUGUGGCAGAUGGCGCAUUCACCAUUGAACUGGCUUCCUAUCAAAUCCCCCAAUUCAACGAAUACUUCACUAACCUGCACCCAUACAACAACACAAGGAAUCCUUGGUUUAAAGAAUUUUGGGAAAACCAGUUCCAGUGCAGCCUCCAUGACCUGGGCUGUGGAAAACACUCGCUCCAUGAUAUUCCAUUUCAACCAGAAUCUAAGAUCAUGUUCAUAGUGAAUGCUGUCUAUGCAAUGGCUGCUGCCUUACAUAACAUGAGGCAGGCUUUAUGCCCCAACUCCACCAAGAUGUGCGAAGCUCUGAAAACUGGCAAUGGCCGAAAAUUUUACAGGGACUACAUUCUCAAAGUCAAGUUUGACGCACCCUUUCGUCCCCCUGAUACAGAGAAUGUAGUCCGUUUUGAUGCCUUUGGAGACAGCGUUGGUCGCUACAAUAUUUUUCACUACCACAAAGAGGGUGGACGCUACGUCUACCAAAAUGUCGGCUACUGGGCACAGAGCCUGACCUUAAACACCAGCCUGAUCCCUUGGGGUGGCCAGGUUGUGCCUACCUCCCAGUGUAGUGACCCAUGUAGAAAGAACGAGGUGAAAAGUAUGCAGCCAGGAGAUGUGUGUUGCUGGAUCUGUAUUCCCUGCCAGCCCUAUCAGUACUUGCAGGAUGAGUUUACCUGUGCUGACUGUAGCUUUGGGCAGUGGCCACUGGCCAAUCUUACGGGGUGUUAUGACUUGCCUGAGGAGUACAUCCGCUGGGAAGAUGCCUGGGCCAUUGGGCCUGUCACUAUUUCCUGUCUAGGGAUGAUGAGCACACUCUUCGUCAUUGGCCUUUUCCUUAAACACAAUGAGACACCGGUGGUCAAGGCCAGUGGACGAGAGCUUUCUUACAUUCUUCUGCUGGGAGUGCUAAUGUGUUACAGCAUGACCUUCAUCUACAUUGCCAAACCUUCCACAGCAGUGUGUACACUACGGCGACUUGGUUUAGGCACCUCCUUUGCCGUAUGCUACUCAGCCCUUCUAACCAAGACCAAUCGAAUUGCUCGGAUCUUUAGUGGAGUGAAGGAUGGAGCCCAAAGGCCUCGAUUUAUCAGCCCAGCCUCUCAGGUGGCCAUUUGUGGUGCUCUGAUUUCCUGCCAGCUUGUAGUGGUGGUGGUCUGGCUGCUGGUGGAAGCGCCAGGUGUGAGAAAAGAAGUAAGCCCAGAGAAAAGAGACGUGGUCACCCUCAAGUGUAACAGCAAGGACUCCAGCAUGCUCAUGUCUCUCACUUACAACUGCAUACUCAUUAUCCUCUGCACAGUCUAUGCUUUCAAGACCCGCAAAUGCCCAGAGAACUUCAACGAGGCCAAGUUUAUUGGGUUUACGAUGUACACCACCUGCAUCAUCUGGCUAGCUUUCCAACCCAUAUUCUACGUUACUGCCAGUGACUACAGGGUGCAGACUACCACCAUGUGCAUCUCCGUCAGUCUGAGUGGGUCAGUAGUGCUGGGUUGCCUCUUUGCUCCAAAGAUUCACAUCAUCCUGUUCCAGCCACAGAAGAAUGUCAGCACCCUCAGAGUGGCCACCACCCGCUUCAGUGUCAAUACUGGCCCGGCUUCCAGUUUUUCUCAAGCAUCAGCCUCCAAUGUUGUUCCAACAGUGUGUAACGGACGAGAGGUGGUGGACUCAACAACAUCCUCCUUGUGAAGAUCAACUGGGUUCUUUUGCUAAGCCUUGUAAACAGUUAUAUAAUCACUAGUCCUGAAUCAGGUGUCUCAGAUAUCGAAGACAGGUCACACAGACGAUCGUCCUGACUUUGUUGUCCUCAAAGUGCUGUGAGUACAAUGUCCCAAUUAUUUUAUUUUGUUCUUUGACUCGUAGCAAUUUUAAAUGAGAUGCCAAUAAAAUAAAAUAUAGCCCUUGUUUUUUGAAGAUUCUACUUACAACAAUGGAGUUAAUUAUAGUAAAUCUGUUAAAUGUAUUAUAUAAAAAAUGUUUUUAAUGUAGAUUCUGGUGAACCAGUUUGUGCUUUCUUGUAAUUAUAUGUAAAUAAAAUGUGUUUUUAUUAAAUUAAAAUGAU